UGCACGCUGCAGUGACGCUCAGAGCAGCUCUCUGUCCAGCGCCGACACACACUGGCCCCUCUGGACUUACACUUUCUGCACUUUUUGCUUCAAACCCCAUUUUUGGGGUAUUUCAAACCCAGUCUUCCAAGGAUCUAUAGGGACUCUUGUCAGCUCUUUUUGUGCUCAGCAGAGCUUUAAGCCAGUCUGAGGUGAACAGGUCAGAGCGCACCGCUUCAGUCCAGACUGCAGCUCCAGGAAGUUUCUCAUCGCCUGCUUGACAUCUACCAGCAACCAUGACAACCAAAUCCAAUAGUUGUGUUUUGGCUGGCAAAGCUUCCUCCUCUCCGAUUUUGUCCUCUCCACCUUGUCAGCGCUUGGUUACAAAAGAUGGACGCUGUGCUCUUAAUCCCAUGCUCUGCCCCUCAGACUCACGGUGCAGGGGCUGGAGCAGAGUCUGGUUGCUGGCCUUGCAGGACAUGUGGGGAAUGUUGGUGAGUCUGCGCUGGAGAUGGGUUCUGCUUGCCUUCUGUGCCUCCUUCAUUGCCCACUGGCUGCUGUUUGCCUGCUUGUGGUACUUACUAGCCCACCUCAACGGAGACCUCGCAGUUCAAGACCACGAUCACCCACCACAGGGUCACGUGGUUUGUGUGAAAUACAUCACCAGCUUCACUGCUGCCUUUUCUUUUUCUCUGGAGACACAGUUAACCAUUGGCUAUGGCACCAUGUUCCCCAGUGGAGACUGUCCCAGUGCCAUCGCACUGCUAGCUGUGCAGAUGCUGCUGGGGCUAAUGCUGGAAGCAUUCAUCACAGGUGCGUUUGUAGCCAAGAUAGCACGACCUCAGAAGCGAGCUGGAGUCAUCCAGUUCAGCCCCCAGGCUGUGGUGGGUCAAAACCAGGGUCAGACCUGCCUCAUGAUACGAGUCACCAAUCUCUUGCAGCGACCUCUGGUAGACGUGAAGGUGAACGCUGUGCUCUAUGAAGAGCAUGAAGGUCAAGCUCUCCACCAGACCUCUGUGGACUUCCACUUGGACCAUUUGGGCCAGCAGCCAUGCCCUUUCUUUAUUUUUCCUCUUACAUUUUACCAUCCACUGGACCGUCAAAGUCCCCUCUACUCCACCCUGUGUGAAGGCUCAUCCAAGCACUUUGAGUUGGUGGUCUUCCUUACAGCUUCACAGGAGGGAACUGGUGACUCGUGCCAGAAGAGAACCUCCUACCUGCGCCAGGAAAUCCAGUAUGAUCGCCGAUUCUUGCCCGCAUUGGGGCUGGAUGAUCAGGGCAGGUACUUGGUGAGCAAUCAGCACUUUGACACAACCCGCUCCAAGGAGCCACUGAACAAGGACUGUGUGGUGCAGAUCAACGGUGAUGGAAGUGACAGGAUGGAGUAAAAGCAAGAAGAGCGGGAAGUUUCUGAUGCUUACCAAUAUGAUGUCAGAAGUUCUAGCAUGAGUAGUUUGUAUUCCCACCAGUCAAAGACUCAAGUCCCCCUUAAUGUGCUUCCUUAAUUUGUUUUCUCAGCUCACCUCAUGGAUGGAUGGAUGGACUAUAAACCGAGAUGCAGCAGAACGGUGGUACAGAGCAAAAUAAAACUGAUGUGCGAGAGCAGGUAAACAAUACAUUCAGCCUCGCUUCAGCGUCGGCACCGUAGGUCGUGCUGCAGUGAAAUCAAGAAUUCAUGCAGAAAGCAGAAAACUGGACAGUAUGUGAUGGAAAACUGUUUAAUUCUGGAACUCUGGGAACAAUUUCUGUUUCAACUUUAUUUAAAAAGUUAAGUUAAACUUUAAAUCUGGAAGCAGAAUGUUCCAGACCCAGAUCUCUGUGAGAAAACGGUCUCAUGCAGGGUGCCGAUUCUAAAGUAACUCAUAAAGAAAAUAAACAGUUAAAUUUAGCCACAUUUAGCUCCUCAUAAUAACAUCAAGUCACCUUUUAACCCCAUAUUACAAAUUAGUAUCAAACCAUCUCUGGCAUUAGAGCAUCGAGAUGGGAUAUUAACAUUAGUGCUGUAAUCAAAAACUUGCCACAGUCCCACACGUGUCUGCUGCCCUCUGGUGGCGGAUUUAUAGGUUACUUUGUUAAAUAAUUACAUGAUCAAAUAAAAGUGAUUAUUAUAUAGUUGCUUUAUUACCAUUAGACAAUAAAUAGUUCAGUUUCAACUUUAACUAUAUGCGUUUAGAUUAGAUUCUUAGAAAUGUGCUUUAAAUCUUUUUUUAAAUUUGAUAAAAACAUUUAGCUUAAGUUUGUAUAUUUCGACUCUAUUCUAAAUAUAUGGAUUUGUUUAGAAAAAUUGGUUUUAAUUCAAAAUAUUUAGAAUUCACUUAUUCUAAAAAUAUUAGGCCCAACUAUUCAUAUUUAGAUUUUACUUCAAAUACUAAGAUUUAUUUAAAAUAUUUAGUUCUAACUAAAAUAUUUAGAUUUUGGUCAAAAUGAUUAGUUUUAAAAUGAUUUGGAAUUGCUACUAAAUGUUUAGAGGCAACGUUAUAUAAAUAUUACGGAAUACUUGUAUUAUUUGAAGCUAAAUGUG